UCAAAUUUGGCUGCACAUCCGACCUUCAGCCAACGAUUGGAUUGUGAUCGUGAUUUCUUCUAACCAUUUCCGGACCGCCACCGCGGCCCUUGCCCUUGCGGCCUCGCUCGCCCUCACCGCUGGAGCGUCCGCACAGGACGUCACAGUCACCCACCCGCAGGGUGAAACCGCGAUUUCGGGCACGCCCGAAAAGGUCUUCGUCAUCGACUGGGCCGCUUAUGACAACCUCACAGCGCUUGGCGUUGAGGUGUCCGGUGCUCCGGGCUCGAACGUGCCGGGCUACCUGGCCGACUCCGUGAGCGAAAACCUGUUCAAUGUCGGCUCCCUUUUCGAGCCCGACUUUGAAGGCAUUGCCGCCGAGCAGCCUGAUCUGGUGAUCGUGGCUUCCCGUUCAGCGUCCACAUACCCAACGCUGUCGGAAAUCGCGCCGACUAUCGACAUGUCGAUCAACAACACCGAUCUGGUCGCCGGCGUUGAAGCCAAUAUCGUGCAACUCGGCGAAAUCUUCGGCAUUCAGGAUCGCGCGGCUGAGCUGGUCGCAGAGCUCGAUGCCAAGGUCCAAGAGGCCACGGCUGCCGCCGCAGGGCAGGGCACCGGCCUUGUUCUUAUGACCAAUGCCGGCAACCUCGGCGUUUAUGGUCCCGAUUCCCGCGUGGCCUGGAUAUACAACGAACUCGCCAUUCCCUCCGUCAUGGAUGAUGUGGAAGACGGAGAUCAUGGCGGCGAUGGUGUCUCGUUCGAGUUCCUGCUCGAAGCCAAUCCCGACUGGCUGUUUGUGGUCGACCGCGACGCGGGUGUCGGCAAUGAAGGCGCCGCUGCGGCGCUGCUCGACAACGAACUCAUGCACCAGACCACGGCCUGGCAGAAUGACCAGAUCAUCUAUCUCGAUCCCCAGGCCGCCUAUAUCACUAUGCACGGCUACACCGGCCUGAUGACCAUGCUCGAUCAGGUCAUCGAAGGCUACAACGGGCAGGCGCCAGUGCGGCUUCUUUUUGCGGCGAUCGCCCUGACCUUCGUUCUCGCGAUCGUCAGCCUGUUUGUCGGGGUCAGCGAUGUGUCUCUCCAGACUCUGCUGUCCUCCGAUGCCGAGGGGCGAGCCAUCCAAAUUCUCCUGAUCAGCCGCAUUCCGCGGACACUGGCCAUUCUGUUGGCCGGGUCGUCCCUGGCCAUCGCCGGUAUGGUGAUGCAGAUGAUCGUGCGCAACCGGUUCGUUGAACCCUCGACGGCCGGAACGACCGAAUCCGCGACCCUGGGCUUUCUCGUCGUCACCCUGUUUGCCCCCGGAUGGCCUCUGAUGGCCAAGAUGGCGGUUUCCGCGAUGUUCGCGCUGGCCGGUACGGCUCUGUUCCUGCGGCUGUUGCGCUUUGUGCCGCUGCGCGACGUGCUUCUUGUUCCUCUUGUCGGCAUCAUGCUGGGCGGCGUGAUCGGGGCGGUUACGACAUUUUUUGGCUAUCGCUUCAAUCUCAUGCCGUCGCUUUUGGCCUGGAGCAUGGGCGAUUUUUCCGGCGUUCUGCGUGGCCGCUAUGAGUUGCUGUGGUUCGGCCUGGCUGGGACCAUCAUGGCCUAUGUUGCCGCAGACCGGUUCACGGUUGCCGGGAUGGGGCAGGAUUUCACGACCAAUCUGGGGCUCAAUUACAAGCUGGUGAUGCGUCUGGGGCUGGUCAUCGUAUCGAUCGUCAGCGCGGUCGUGCUGGUCUCGGUGGGCUCCAUUCCUUUCCUGGGACUCAUUGUUCCCAAUGUCGUCAGCCUGAUGAUUGGCGACAACAUGCGCAGGACG